CUCUGAUGUGUCAUCAUGUCUGAGUAUUACAGUUCAUGUGAGCAGCAGCAGCCUGGCUCUACCUGGACACUGAUGACAUCAUGUCAUCUCUGCUCUCUGAUUGGCUGCUCAGAGUGUAAGACUAGGUUCAGGUCUACAGAGAGACUCAGACAGGUUCAGGUCUACAGAGAGAUGAAGAUGAUGAAGAUGAUGAAGAUGAUGGUGGUCCUCGUUCUCGCCGGUCUCCUCUGUGUCUCAGCUGAUGAGGAACAUCUGGACAUUCGUAUCAAUGGCUGUUCAGAGUCUGAUGGAGAGUAUUUGUAUGGCCUGGAUGGUGAAGAGAAGUGGUACGCAGACUUCAUCAACAAGAGAGGAGUCGACACUCAGCCCAGUUUCAUAAAUCAUAUUAGCUACCCAGGAGGAACUUAUGAAAAAGCUGUGUCUAAUCAACAGAUCUGCAGACAGAACCUGGAAAUAGCACUUACAGGCCUCAAGAACCCACUGGAGAACGAUGCUCCUUCCAUUCUGAUGGUGUACACCAAAGAAGCCGUGGAGCUCCGAGAGAAGAACACCCUCAUCUGUUAUGUGACUGGUUUCUAUCCUGCUCCUGUCAUCUUCUCCUGGACAAAGAACGGAGAGAACGUCACCGAAGGAAGCAGCACCAACGUUCCCUACCCCAACAAAGAUGGUUCCUUCAACCAGUUCUCCAGACUGGAGUUCAUCCCACAGCUGGGAGACAUCUACAGCUGUACAGUCAACCAUCUGGCCCUGGACCAACCACUGACCAGAAUCUGGGAUGUGGAGAAGACUCAGCCCGGUAUUGGACCUGCAGUUUUCUGUGGACUGGGUCUGACUGUCGGUCUGCUUGGUGUGGCUGCUGGAACCUUCUUCCUCGUCAAAGGAAACGAGUGCAGCUGAUUGGUCGGGACUGAUGAUGAUGUCAUUAGUGCUGUGUAUAAAGGGUGUUGGAUUUUAGUCAGCAGCAGUGUUGGAAGUAAAGCGGUACAAAAGUAAUGCAAUUACAAGUAUUGUAUUCCUUUUCGCUGUUACGCAGUAAUAUAACACAUUUCUAAUAGAAUUUCAGUAAUAUUAUAAUCGUUACAAUCUCAGUAACGCGAGUUACAGCGCAUUCAACCCGACAUUUAGUAGUGUUUGUUUUUUUGAGAUUCACCAACACCACGAAAAAUUUCGGCACAGAACAAAAAGUCUGCGAGUAUUAUUUCCCGUUGCUGGAUUCUGUGGUUGAAAUGACUGCAGAGACAGAUAUUUUUGUGACAUGGACAUUAUUUUCCGGAGGUUUUCACGCUGCUUUGAAGCGAGCUGUCCCGUCACUGUUCCCGUGGUCAGAGACGGUAGGUUAGGGACAUCUGGGUCCUGUCAGUGUUCCCGUGGUCAGAGUCAGAACCAGAGACAGUAGGUUAGGGACAUCUGGGUCCUAUCUGUGUUCCCGUGGUCAGAGUCAGAACCAGAGACAGUAGGUUAGGGACAUCUGGGUCCUAUCUGUGUUCCCGUGGUCAGAGUCAGAACCAGACAUGGUAGGCUAGGGACAUCUGUGUCCUGUCAGUGCCGACAGCAAUAUGCCCGAGCAACUGACAUAUAACAACAUGUCAAGAAUUAAUGUUUAGCCUACACGUGAUAUCGUUACAUUUCAUCAGCGGUGGAAAAUACCUAGGCUACUUCAAUUCAAUUAAGGUGCUUUUAAUUCAGUAUUUUCAUUUUCUCCUACUUAUUAGGCUACUUCUAGUGCACCACAAUUCACAGUCAAGUAGGCUAUUGUACAUUAAAGGGAUACUUCACCAAUUUUAGCAUUAAGCUUUGUAUCAGUAGAAACGCGGUAGUAUUUUCAAAUGACCGUGCUUCCCUCCCCCAUCCUGCUUGCAAGUGUCCGCUCAUUAGACAACAGACUGGACUACAUCCAACUUCAACGGAACUCCCAACGUGAACUGUGUUAACUUUGUUAGCUGAACUUUACGGAGCCUAUAAUGUGUGUGAAAUGUUUCGUAUGUCGUUUUUAUAUAGUGUUGUUUUUAUAUAUUUUAAAUGUGUAACACUACUUGAGCAAUGGUGAAAAGUUGUUUUGUAUAUAUGGUUGAAAUGACAAUAAAACAUACUUGAGUUGACCGUC